CUGCUGACUGUUAGCAGUACCUGCAGCGUGUCAAAGGCGACCAUUUGUUCUGUGAGAGCCUUGGAGAAAAGAAGGUGUGGAGAGCAAGUUGCGGACGCUUACGAGCCUGCGGUCAAGAUAGGAUUUCCUCCGCUCCAGGUCAUGAAUAAUUCAACAUGGGAGGCCGCGACUCGCCUCGAAAGAGAGCAAAAGGAAAGGAUGUGUCUUUCUAGCGCCAGAAAUAAAGAGGACGAGGCUGGAGGAGCAUGGAGGAGGUGGUGAGGAAACGACCAAUAAUCUCCGCUAGGGAAAGAGGACCGGGCCCCGCGCGCUACGCUCUGCCCCCUACAGUCGGAUACAUUAACCAUGACUUCACCAAGCCCAGCAGCCCUGCAUACUCCUUCCACGGCCGCAUGAGCGCUGCCAUGAUCUCUGUGGACUCCAGCCCUGGACCGAGGUACUACAUCGGGGGCAAGCUCACCCGGUUUGGUCGGACAGAGACACCGUCCUACUCCAUGUCAGGAAGAGGCAGACGAACCGGGAAGAGAGAUGAGCCGUUCCAGACUCCGGGUCCGGGGGCCUACAGCCCAGAGCGGGCCCCUCCUCUGAACGCUCACCGCAGGCCCCCGUCCUACACGAUCGCCGAGCGGACCCGGUACCGCUCUGCGGAUCCUGUUCCAGGGCCAAACAGCUACACUCUUCCUGGACUGCUGGGUCCGCAAGUCCCCCACAAACCUGCCAGCGCCAGCUACAGCUUCUCAGGCCGGAGGACAGCCGAGGAUCUCUCCAAAACACCGGGACCGGGGCAGUACGGAAGCACCGACCCGGACGUCUACAGGCAGCGACAGCCUUCCUUCACCAUGCAGCGCCGGACCAAGAGGCUCAGCUACUCCUCUGCUGCUCCGGGUCCGGGAACGUACAGCCCAGAGAAGACCUACGGGCAUCUCCACAAGUCCCCGUCCUUCAGCAUGGGCAUCAGGCACUCUGAGUUUGUUACCCCGCUGGUGGUGCAUGUGGCCGAUUGACUGAAAAUACUUUGUGACA